AUGCCUAGCUCUCUCGACCAACUCAAGGCCGCUGGCACCACCGUCGUCGCCGACUCUGGUGACUUCGCUACCAUCAAGAAGUACCAGCCCCAGGAUGCGACUACCAACCCUUCGCUCAUCCUCGCCGCCUCCAAGAAGCCCGAGUACGCGAAGCUGAUUGACGCCGCUGUCGCAUACGGCAAGAAGAACGGCACCGACAUUGAGAACCAGGUCGAUGUCACCCUCGACAACCUCCUUGUCCAAUUCGGCAAGGAGAUCCUCCAGAUUGUCCCCGGCAAGGUCUCAACAGAGGUCGACGCCCGCUUCUCCUUCUCCACCGAGCAGUCUGUAAACAAGGCCCUCCGCAUCAUCGACCUCUACAAGGAGGCUGGCAUUGACAAGGAGCGCGUUCUCAUCAAGCUCGCCUCAACAUGGGAGGGCAUCAAGGCUGCUGAGAUCCUGCAGUCCAAGCACGGCAUCAACUGCAACCUUACCCUCAUGUUCUCUCAGGUUCAGGCCAUUGCUGCCGCCGAGGCCGGUGCCUACCUCAUCUCUCCUUUCGUUGGCCGUAUCCUCGACUGGUACAAGGCUGCUACCAAGAAGGAGUACACCAAGGAGGAGGACCCUGGUGUCAAGAGCGUCCAGCAAAUCUUCAACUACUACAAGAAGCACGGCUACAAGACCAUUGUCAUGGGUGCCUCUUUCCGCAGCAUUGGCGAGGUCACUGAACUCGCUGGCUGUGACUACCUGACCAUUGCCCCCAACCUGCUCGAGCAGCUCUACAACUCGGAGGAUGAGGUCCCCAAGAAGCUCAUUGCCGAGGAUGCUGGCAAGCUCGACAUUGAGAAGAAGAGCUACAUCAACGACGAGGCCGAGUUCCGCUUCUACUUCAACGAGGAUCAGAUGGCCGUCGAGAAGCUCCGUGAGGGUAUCUCGAAAUUCGCCGCUGACGCUGUUACUCUCAAGGACAUCCUCCGCGAGAAGAUCCAGGCGGCAUAA